UCGCUUCAAUAGUAAACUUUGCUGUUCCUGCACUGUCAGGCUGUGGAGUGGAUCGGAGGAGCCACAGAUGACAAGGUUGGCACCUGGGAGCCUACAGAGCGACAGCUUGGCUGAGCCAUGGAGGACUUUAAGACAUUGGCUUACACCAGCUUCACUAUAUGGCUCGCUGCGAUCGUCGUGCUAAUAUUGUUGCCUUCGAUGUUCGGAUUUUCCUUGGGGAUCUCAGAACUGUACAUGAAGGUUCUAGUUAAAGUUCUAGAGUGGGCAACUUUACGAAUUCAGAAAGGGUUUGAUGAUCUGAAAAAGCGUCGUGUUACUCCUUCCAAUGGUAUAAUCCAACGAGAUGAAUCACCAAUGGAGACAGAGAUUGUAGGCCUUAGGCAGAGUCGAAGCCAGUGCUUGCAACAAGGAGAUUUUGAGAUGUCCGAUGUGUUCUAUUUCUCCAAGAAAGGGUUUGAAGCUAUUGUUGAAGAUGAGGUCACUCAACGCUUUUCAUCUGAAGAGUUGAUAUCAUGGAAUCUACUCACUAGGACUAACUACAACUUCCAGUACGUCAGCUGGAGGGUCACACUGAUCUGGGCUGUGGGAAUAUUUGUGCGAUACUGCAUUCUUCUUCCCCUCCGUGUUACCUUGGCUACUAUUGGCAUCAGCUGGCUGGUGAUAGGAGCUACUCUGGUUGGACAGCUGCCAAACAGCAGUGUGAAAAGCUGGCUUAGUGAAAAGGUUCACCUGGUUUGUUGCCGGAUUUGUGCACGCGCUCUCUCCAGUGCUAUCCGGUACCAUAACAAAGAAAACAGACCAAAAAAAGGAGGGAUCUGUGUUGCGAACCAUACCUCUCCUAUAGAUAUCAUCAUUCUGGCCAAUGAUGGUUGCUAUGCUAUGGUCGGGCAGGUUCAUGGAGGACUCAUGGGAGUUAUCCAACGAGCAAUGGUCAGGGCUUGCCCACAUGUGUGGUUUGAGCGUUCUGAGAUGAAAGACCGCCACCUAGUGGCAAAAAGGCUUAGAGAGCAUGUAUUUGACAAAACAAAGCUGCCCAUUCUGAUUUUCCCAGAAGGAACUUGUAUCAAUAACACAUCUGUGAUGAUGUUCAAAAAGGGCAGUUUUGAAAUCGGAGGGACCAUAUAUCCAGUGGCAAUUAAGUACGAUCCUCGAUUUGGCGAUGCUUUUUGGAACAGCAGUAAGAACUCUAUGGUGAGCUAUCUUCUCAGGAUGAUGACAAGCUGGGCCCUCAAGUGCAAGGUUUGGUACCUGCCUCCCAUGACUAGACAGGAGGGAGAAGACGCUGUUCAGUUUGCCAACAGAGUCAAGUCUGCCAUUGCCAAGCAGGGAGGACUAGUUGAACUUUCCUGGGAUGGAGGCCUUAAAAGAGACAGAGUCAAAGAAUCAUUCAAACAAGAACAGCAGAAAAACUACAGCAAGAUAAUUGUGGGUGAUAAUAUCACGUUCCGUGGUACAGCCAAUUGAUUUGUUAUUCAAGCUGUUCAAAAUUGCUUGUUUUGUCAUUUUUCCUGAUAUUUGCACAAACUGGAGGGCAUAUUUAGGUGACUUUCCCCACUUCACAAAGUGCUUUGGGUAAAAGUCUCAAGUCAUCAGCUUUUGUAUUUGAUGACCCAGAAUUCUAUAUCCUAAACCCCUGAAUUCAAUCAGCAUGGCUAAACCAUGCAGGCUGCCAUGAUUCUGAGUCAAAUCAUGGAUAUGUAUUAUUGACCGCCAUAACAGUUGGGUCUUCAGUGAUAAAGACAGAAAAGGAAUUUGGUUUAAAAAAAUGAAUAAAUAAAAUGGUUCCCUCUAUGAGUGAAUGGUUAUGACUAGAUUACAAGUGUUAGUAUUCAUGAUGAGAUAAAUGGACCUGUGAUGUGAAGUUGAUCUGUGUUCUGUGAUCUCAUUAAAUACAGUUCUACAUAUUUCACCAUGUAAAUGGGACUACAUGAAUGUGUUUGCAUCAUUUCAAUGUUCUGUUUUUCUACCUAUAAUUUCUUUGCUGUAACAAAAUAAUAAAAACAAAGUUUUUGUUUGUUA